GCGGAAGUGCUGCCCAUCGUCGGCCAGGUCGCGGAGACUCCAGAGAAGGGCUACAGCAAGGUUGUGAGCACGCCCGCGCACUUGGGGAUCCCACUCAAGGCUGGGGCGAGCAGCAGCUCUGGCGGCUACGGCCAGUUGCUGGUGGCCGCUGGCGCGCAGCAAGCGAUCAGCGGCCCGAGCGGGCAGACGGGCAACGGCCAGAGCGGGGGUGGCGCUGCGCUGGGACAGGAGGAGGCGGGGCACGCGCAGGGCCAGGAGAAGCAGGCCACUGGGCAGUGGGAUGAUUGCGAGCGGGGAGGCGAGGCUGCUGGCGCUGGGGCAGGUAGGCGCGAGGAAACGGCGGCGAGCGCCGAGGCGCCAGGCGGCGCACCAGGGGGGGCGGGCGCUGCUGCGGGCGGCGAGGCAACGCCAGAGGCUGCAGGAACGCAAGAGGAUUCAGGAAAGCCAGAGGCUGCAGGAAAGCCAGAGGCUGCAGGAAAGCCAGCGGAGGUGCAGCCUGAGAAGCCUGGAGAGCCUGAGCCCGCGGCGAAGCAGAAAAAGAGGAAGGGCACGACUGGGGGAGGGCCUGGAAAUAAGAAGAAAAAGGGCGGUGGCAAGGCCGAGUCCACUGAGGGGCCCGAGGCCAAGGAGGUCCUCAAAACAGCCCUGGCAGCCACGCAGGCCUAUAAGGUAGCAAAAGGGAAAGCCACUUCCAUCCUGAAGCAGAUCGACGAGUCCGAUCUGCCUCACUGGGUGGUCUGGGAU